AUGCUGAAGUCGGGCUUUAAUCAUUGUGGUUUUACAGCAACAGUUUGCAGUGUGAUGGCAGUGGAGGCAAUCAACAGCGACCCUUCCAUUCUCCCACACCACCGUCUGCACCUCGCCACGGCCAACUACUCCAUGACUGCUCCCAUCGCCAGCAUGAUGGCAGCCUACAGUCUGGUACGGCAGCGGCCGGUGGCGGUGAUAGGGCCGCACACAUCGGAGCAGGCAGCGCUGGUGAGCCCGUUCGCCACGACCACUCAAGUGCCCUUCGUGUCUGCCUCUGCCACGGACGCCCAGCUCACUGUGGGCGGCACGCGCCCCUUCUUUAUGCGCACCGUACAGGACGACGGCCACCAGAUGCGCGCCAUUGCUGACAUUCUGGCAAUAUAUCAGUGGAAGGCAUUUAUCGCCAUUCACAGCGACGACCGCUAUGGAGGCAAUGGCAUCACUGCACUGGAAGCAUGUGUGCUCGCCCUCAACCAAGGCAUCAGCAUGGCUCAUCGCGUGGCCAUCACUCCAGGGAGCACGGCAGUAGAGGUGGAGCAGCAUCUGCAGCUGCUCCUGGAGGUGGACACGGCUGUGUAUGUGCUGCACGCCUCUGCUGCUGUUGCCACUUCCGUCAUUCUGGCAGCGAACAGGUUGGGUCUGUUCUCUGCCAACAACGUGUGGAUUGCAACAGAAGGGAGUGCGCUGCUCACUGGCUCCGCCCUGCACUACGCUCAGAUGCCCAUGGCCUAUGCCCUGGCUUCCUACGAUGCAGUCUACCUCAUCGCUCACGCUCUACACUCCAUCCUCUAUAACAGCAGCUCCGCCGGCAGCAGCACCAAUGCGUCGUCCCCAGACGCCUCUACCACCCCCACAGAACCCCACAGAAACCUCACGGAUCUACUUGACACACCCUGGCCAACACUCCAUCUGUCUCUCGCCAGCAGCAGCAGCAGUGGUGCGGAGCCGGCUCUUAUCCCCCCUCUUGCAUUACUCCAUAGAAGCCCUUUGGGCUCCAUGCUGCGAGCAGCCAUUCUGAGCACCAGAUUUGAGGGCGCCUCAGGCAGCAUCUCGCUGUCCCCCCAGGGCGACCAGCAGAGCAACCUCACCCGCAUCCUCAACGUCCACAGGCAGGCCUCGCAGAGCAGCACCCCUGCUGCUACCGAUCCUGCUACAGCUGCAACUACAGAUGCAGCUGCAGCCACAACCACAGAUGCAGCUGCAGUCGCAGGAUCUAAUGCCAGUGCCGGCCAAUCCGCGUCACCACCUGCAGCCACUGACCAGUCAAGCCAGUCAACGGAGUCCCCUACGGAUGCCACUGAUUCAGCCACCGGUUCAGGCACUGGUUCAGCCAGUGGUUCACUCAGUGGUUCAUCCACUGGUUCACGUGGUGGUUCAGUGACUGGGCCAGUGAGCCUGCAGGGGAACGUGGAGGUGGUGCCUGUGGGGUACUGGUCCCCCAUGCACGGCCUCUAUCAAACAGCUGCUGCUUCGGAGAAUGCUACAGCUGAUGGGGUGCAGCAGCCAGUCAACAUUGUCUUUCCUGACGGCCUCACACAGAUCUACCUGCAGUUUGCCAAUAUCUCAGCAGAUGAGUCGCUGGGCAAUGAGCGGUUCUCCGGCUACUGUGUGGACCUGUUCCGGCCAUCUACCUGCAGUUUGCCAAUAUCUCAGCAGAUGAGUCGCUGGGCAAUGAGCGGUUCUCCGGCUACUAUCUACCUGCAGUUUGCCAAUAUCUCAGCAGAUGAGUCGCUGGGCAAUGAGCGGUUCUCCGGCUACUGUGUGGACCUGUUCCGGCCAUCUACCUGCAGUUUGCCAAUAUCUCAGCAGAUGAGUCGCUGGGCAAUGAGCGGUUCUCCGGCUACUAUCUACCUGCAGUUUGCCAAUAUCUCAGCAGAUGAGUCGCUGGGCAAUGACAGGUUCUCCGGCUACUGUGUGGAUUUAUUCCGCCUGGCCGUGGCCCGUCUCCCUUAUAAGCUCGACUACGAGUUUGUAGAGUACACGGGUGCCCUCAUCAGGUACACCCAGAUGGUGCAGGCUGUGCAGAAUAAGGUGAGGUUAUCAUGUGUCGCAGAGAGGGAUGCAGAGAGGGGUACAGAUAGGAGUGCAGAGCGGAGUGCAGAGAGGAGUGCAGAGAGGAGUGCAGAGAGGAGUGCAGAGAGGAGUGCAGAGAGGAGUGCAGAGAGGAGUGCAGAGAGGAGUGCAGAGAGGAGUGCAGAGAGGAGUGCAGAGAGGAGUGCAGAGAGGAGUGCAGAGAGGAGUCAGAGUGCAUUCCUUCUCUCGUGCCUCUCUGCACCUAUCGUUUUAUCGCCUCUAAUCUCACCGCCCGGCCCACAGGAGUUUGACGGGGCAGUGGGCGACAUCACAUCACCUGGCCCACCUCUCUUCUCUGCCACCACCUCUGUCUCCUCUCCCUGCCACACAUUUCUCAGUCGCCCCUCUGCGCGCCCCUCCUCCCCUCCCCCAUCGCCUGGUCCACAGGAGUUUGACGGGGCAGUGGGCGACAUCACAGUGGUCGACUCGCGCCAGCGAAUGCAAUCGGGUCUGAGUCUGAUAGGGUACUCAAGGGAGAGUAGCGACAUGUGGACGGCGUUUCUGCCCUUCACGCCCUCCAUGUGGGCCACUCUGCUAGGCCUCUCUCUGCUCACUGGCGCACUCAUGGUGUUCCUAGAGUGGCGGCUGAACAUACACUUCCAGGCAAAGCUGCACCAGCUUGCCAUCACUGCCGCCUGGUUUGGACUUCACACUCUCUACUCUGUCAUAGUCUACUCAAUCCGCUCAGUGCUAGCGCGAACGGUGCUGGGCAUGUGGCUAAUUCUCGCCUUCCUCUUCCUCGCCUCCUACACCUCCAACCUAACUGCCAUUCUCACGAUUCAAAGGCUCACACCCACCAUUCUGGACAUCACCACGGCCAUCAACAGCAAUGCCGCCAUUGGCUAUCAGCAGGCCUCCUUCGUCUCUUCCUACCUGCAGCAGCUGGGAGUCUCUCCGGACAAGCUGGUGGCGUUGAGUGGGGAGAGCGAGUAUGCAUCGUCACUGGCGUCGGGGCGGGUGGCUGUGAUAGUGGAUGAGAAUCCCUACCUGGCCAUCUUCACAUCCCAGUUCUGUGACGUCAUGCAGUCCGCACAGCCAUUCUCCUCCCUCAACCUCGCCUUUGCUUUCCAGAAGGGCAGUUCCCUGGGCCAGGACAUCUCUAAUGCCAUUGGUGCGCUGCGCAUGACACAGGAGGUGGAGCAGCUUCAUGUAAAGUACUUCAGUUCUGAGAGCGUCUGCCCGCAGAAGACCACUGCGGUGCAGUUCGGUAUACAGCGGUUCGGAGGCCUGUACAUCAUCUACCUCGUCGUCUCUACAGCCUGCUGUAUCAUCUAUGUUGCACUCCUCAUCUACCGCGGUUACCGCUACGUGCGGGAGAAGGGUGUUCAGUCACUAGUGGACAAGGUCAAGAGCUUUGGCAGGGAGCCCCCCGGCGGCAGCACUGAGGAAGGCGUUGACCUGGUUGACUCUGAAGACUCUCUUGGCUCUGACAAGGACCGCUUUGGCCUCCUGCCUGGUUCCCAAAUGAGCAGAGGGAGCACUGGGAGAGGAAGCAGAGGGAGCUUGGAAAGUGGAGAAUUACGGGAGAGCAUUGGUAGUGGGAGCAUGAGAGAGAGCAUUGGUAGCAAGAGCAUGAGAGUUAACAAAAGAGGAAGUAUGAGUGAGAGAGGUAGUGGGAGUUUGAGAGAAAGAAGUAGAGGUAGUAUGAGAGAAAGCAGUAGAGGGAUUAUGAGAGAAAGCAGUAGAGGGAGUAUGAUAGAAAGCAGUAGAGGAAGCAUCAGAGAAAGCAAUAAGCGGAGUAUGACAGAAAUCAGUAGUGGGAGCAUGAGAGAGAGCAGCAGGUGGGCAGCAGUCGAGCAACCGGCAAGAGACGAGGAAACAACCAAGUCAGAUGCUCCACUCCCUCUCCUCUUCUCAUCGCCCCCCUUGCUCCGCGCUCGGUCCUUCAUUGCCCCGCUUCAAAUCAAUCCUUCCUCCUCUUCCUCCCUGCACUCGUCCCUUGGGGUGCCUCGCAACACUAUCACCUCCUCUCCCUCCUCCCUCUCUCAGCCGUCCCGCACUACUCGAGCGGCCUCCCGACCUUGCUCCAACUCGUCAGUCCUCCACGCACUCCUGAGCAGCAGUCAGUCUUCUGCCCCAGCUGCUCAGAGCUCGCUUAGUGGUUUGAAGCAAGAAAAGGAGCAGGAGCAGCAGCCGCAACAGCAGCAGCAGCAGCACCUGAAGGCGCUUCCAGAAGCAACAUCAGCUGUCCCUCCUGCUCCUGCUCCUUCCGCUGCUCCUUCCCCUGCUCCUGCUCCUGCUCCUGCUCCUGCCCAUGCCCCUGGCCCUGUUCUUGCUGCUGUUUCAUCAUCUGAAUCAACAGCAGCAUCCAGCAGCAGACCACCAAGACACCCACAGCCCAUCCUCUCCCGUGUGUCACACUCAUCCCUCGGGAGCAAGAGAAGUCGAGGAUCUCACGACGGGCAACAAGAUGAGAGCGCUGCAGAUGAGUUGAGCAGACGGCGAGUAGCUCACAGCAAUAAAACAUCCCUUGGAGAGGCAGUAUCUUAUAAAGGGGAGGCAUCUACUAACAAGCAAGCAGGAUGGAAGGAGGCGGCUGGAGGAGAGGAGCAAGGCGGCAUGGACAAGGAGCAUCUCCCUCCCUCCCAUCUUGAUACUCACGCCUAUGCCAGCACCGCCUCCAGCACUGCUAUCAGCCCAACCAGAAGCACCCAUUCAAGCCUCUCCUCCCAAGAAAGCAGCAGCCGCACCAACUCAAGCUCAGCCACCCGAAUAUUAAAACUUCCCAGGCUCACUUCAAUCGUCCCCCGACUCCCUUCUUCCGAAUACAUUUUCCCCACAAACCGCUCUCUACCCACCUCUACACCCGCCACUCAGCCGUCAUUUGAACUCCCCUCUCUACCGCCCGCCUCCACUCUGCCGGCCUUUCCCAGCCUGCCGUCCCUUGGCUCCACUGACUUGCCAAGAAUGGAGUCCUUUCACACCAAAGUGGACAGCCUUGUGGAUAAAUUUCACAAG